CUGAAGGCCCGCACACUAACCGCACAGUCUACUGCUGGAUGAAUGAUCACUGACGUGUGAAGCUCUCCAGCACUUCCUCUCCGGCUCUUUUAAAAGCUGCCGUGCCCUUCAAGCACUGCUUCAUUGACUCGCUCGCCUGACGUUUCCCCACGACCAGAAGACACCAUGCUGGGGACCCUCUGCCUUCUCAUCAUCGCGCUGACUUAUGUCGACACAGCCAUGGUGCUGACCCAGACACCGGCAGUGCUGACAGUUCCUGUAGGACAACAAGUUGUUUUCAACUGUGACAUCCAGGGGAACGUGGACUAUGUUGUCAGUUUUUAUAAACAGGUUCCCGGAAACGCUCCUCAGUUCGUGCUGUUCCAUUCCUAUGUGUCUUCCUCACCUGCAAGGGGAGUUGGAUUCCCCUCAAGUCGUUUUGAUGCGAAAUCAUCCUCCUGGAGGAAUUACAAGUUAAUAAUUAAACAGGCUGAGGUCGGAGACUCUGCUGAGUAUUAUUGUAGCACAUGGGACAAUGCUGCUGCCGUGAAAACAAACGGAUUCACUGUGGUAUUCGGAGGAGGAACCAAGCUGUUUGUGACAAGCUCUGACCUCCCUGCGCCCUUGGUGACGGUAUUUCCACCGGCCAGCGCCGAGCUUCAGUCCAAAAAUGCCACCCUGGUCUGCGUGGCCACUCAGUUAUCUCCAUAUGCAGACGUCACAUGGUUGGCUCGCGGCAUUCCAGUGAGCGGCGCAGUCACGACUGACCCCGCCGUGCGACAGGCGGACCAAACUUACAAAAUCAGCAGCUAUUUGACCGUGGAGACUUCCGACUGGAACACAGACACCGCUUACACCUGUAAAGUGUCUUUGGGCUCCACGUCAGCUGAAAACACCAUCAACAAGUCCAAGUGCCCACCCUAGACGGUCAGCAUUUAGGUUGUGGGCUGAUCAGGCCAUAAGAAUGAUUUGUUUGCAUGCUUGUAGGGAGUGUUGACUUUUUCUUUCUGCUUUAUACUUGCGAGGGUGUAUUAGAAUUCUUCAAUUAAAAAAAUGCCAUCAAAGCUUUUUGGCCUGGUGAUUACGUUUGGAUUCAAGCACUUAUUCAUUUUUCCCUUCACUGUUUUUCCCUGCCCGGUGUGUUCUGUAGGUGCUGUCCCCGAAGGCGAGCUUCCUGCAACACACUCAACUCAACAUGAUUGGACACGAUAAUAUAAUUAUUACAAAGGGUUUUUAGUGUAAUGCACACAAAAAAUAA